GUAUUUUAAACAAAUGUCUAUAGUCCUAUUACUUCGUCGUAAAUGUAUAACAGUGAAUUGUUUAUAAAUGUUGUUUCAGUGUGACGUAAUGGUGAAAUAUUGAAAAUCUUAUUUUAUCAAGACAAAAUGUCGGAAGACAAUUUGCCGCAUAUACGAUUUGGACCUAAUAGUAGGAUGGAACAUCUUCAAAGAAUAGAAGACACAUUAAGAAGACUCCGAACAAAUCUAAGACUAGACAGUCAAGUUAAUCAAUUAAAUAAUGAAGUAUCUGAUGCUCAAGCUCCAGCAGUUGUAUCAGAUGAAGAACCAUUACCUACUGCAUUGCCAGGACCUUUAGAAAGUAUGCAACAAAGUGAUGUGACUGAUGGAGCAUCUUCUCUAAAUCAACCAGAACUUGGUACUUCAGCAGUAGACUCAGAAGAUGACAAAAGAUAUUGUUGGGUAUGUUUUGCAACAGAUGAAGAUGAUGCAACUGCUUCAUGGGCAAAACCAUGUAAUUGUCGUGGUACAGCAAAAUGGGUUCACCAAGGAUGCAUACAAAGAUGGGUUGAUGAAAAACAGAAAGGACGUGCAGGUGCACAUGUAGCAUGUCCACAAUGUAAAACAGAGUACAUUAUUGUAUAUCCAAAUAUGGGGCCAUUAGUAGUAGUAUUGGAUACUAUUGACGGUGUAAUCUUCCGUAUCUGCCCGUAUAUUGCAGCUAGUAUAGUUGCUGCAUCUAUAUAUUGGACAGCUGUAACAUAUGGGGCAGUAACUGUAAUGCAAGUAGUUGGUCAUAAAGAUGGUUUAGCUAUGAUGGAACAGGCUGACCCUUUGGUAUUAUUAGUUGGCUUGCCAACUAUUCCAAUAAUGUUGGUUUUGGGUAAAAUGUUAAGAUGGGAAGACCAAGCACUUAGUCUUUUGAGACGUCAUGCAUGUAAGGUUCCUAUUUUGAGGUACUUCUUGCCAAAUAGUUAUUGUAGAGAUGAUGGAGCACAAUCUGACGAUGUACCUCCUAUGAGUGACCCGGUAUCGGCAACACGUAUCCUUUGUGGUGCACUUUUAUUACCUAGUAUUGCCAGCAUAUGUGGCAAAAUAUUUUUUGAAAGUAUACACUCCAAUUUUCAAAGGACAUUACUUGGAGGUAUAGCAUUUAUAACAAUAAAAGGUGCAUUCAAGAUUUAUCACAAACAACAACAAUAUGUAAGACAAUGUCAACGUCGUAUAAUGGAUUAUACAGAAAAUAAUGUUGCGUUAUAUAGAAGACAACAAAAUUCUGAAACCAACCAGACAAGUUAAAUAAAAGAAUACAAGAAAUUAUUGGAGAAAUACACUACCAAAAGACAGUACUUUUACCAUAAAACAGAUGUCCAAUGUAUUACUUUUAUAUAACAAUAUAAGUUUAUGGGUGUUUUAAUCAGGUCUAACAAAUACGUAAGUUAUAUGUACAUA